GAAUAAUUUGCCCAGCCCAGCUCUUCCUGUAUUAAACUCUCUCAGAAGAAUUCUGCACCACAAUCGGAGAAAAUCCGAGGGAUAUGGCGUUUAGAACUGCUUUGCGCCCCGUCCUCGUGCUGACGGAACCGUGGAGCUCUGCCCACCGUCCGGUGCUGACAGUUUCCCUUCCGGCGCAACUUAUCCGGCCAAGAGUUAGGGUUUCGACCUUCGCCCCUUUCAUGCGGUGCUCUCGUAGUGAUGUUCCCUCCCCGGCCUUUUCUCAGGAUGAACAGGACCCACCGCAGGAGGCUGUGCUCAAGGUCAUAUCCGCAGAAGUGUCAAAGUCUGAAGGAAGAGUUUCUCAAACAACAAAUGUGAUUAUUGGAGGUACGGUUAAGGAUGAUGCUACAAAUGAAUGGCUUGCUUUAGAUCAGAAGGUAAACUCAUAUCCGACUGUUAGAGGAUUUACAGCCAUAGGAACAGGAGGUGAUGAUUUUGUCAACGCAAUGGUUGUUGCUGUUGAAUCUGUACUUCAUGAACCAAUUCCAGAGGAUCGGGUGACCCAUAAGCUAUCUUCAAGGGGAAAGUACGUGUCGGUUAAUAUUGGACCUAUUCGUGUGGUCUCCAGUGAGCAGGUCCAAGCUGUUUAUAAUGCCAUGAGAAGAGAUGAAAGGAUGAAAUACUUUUUAUAGAUUCGUAGUACAUUCAUAUGUCGAAAUACCUGCUUCUUUGUAUAUUCUUAAUGCGCUGUAGCUCGUCCAGAUAAUAGGUUAUCGGAACCAAGCAAUAUUUAGGAGUUCAAAGCAUGACCCAAAGGAAUGUGAAGACAUCAUCAUUGGGAGUCUUACUAUUUAUUUUGGCUAAAUAUAAUGAUGUUAUUCAUGUUAACACAUUCAUUCAGAUGAAGAAGAGAAAGGAGAGGACUGGGAAAGAGUGAUGUAUGGAUAGCCUUGGGGGAUUGCUCUAGUUAUAAAUAAUGGUGAGAGAUUUGCUAAUGAUUAUUUUGCUUCUAUACCACUUUUUUUUUUUGCUGGGGAUAAAGUGUGCGCUAGUUUCAUAGCUUUACUAUUGUCACCAUGUUGAGAGAUAAGAAUUCUUAUAAAGAAUGCAUCGCAAAUUCUGUGAGGAA